AUGCUUGGGGUGAGACGAAAGUACCUCAACUGGGGGUCGGGAGGAGGAUAUGGAUACAAAGAGCCUCGAACCAUUUGGAAAAAUUGGAAAGAAGUAGGUAAUAUCCGGGAGGUGCCUAUGGUUAGGUUUGUCGUGGAGAAUCCCGUCACUGUCUUGAGCAUGGAGCACAUCCUCAUUAAAUGUAUGGGUGAUGGCCCUCUCGAGUCUCCAAUGAGUGCGAUCAUGGAAAAUGAAGUUGGAGACUCGAGAUUCGGGAAGAAUAAGAUAUCUGACCCCUUAAGGAAAAUACCAUGUAAAACCGUCUCUGCUCCUAUGAAGGAUGUGAUCCAUGUUUGUUAG